CCACAAUCCGAAACACGAGGAUAAUAAAAUUAAAAAUAACGCACAACUGGACCCAGCUUUGAUGGCAAUACCGCUCAUUUAACCAUUUCCCAAUUUCUAAAUGUAGAAUUUAUUUUAUAUCGUUUCAAUUUUUACAUCGUUUUUUAUAGACAAACCAAACCAAAAUUCGUUCAUAACCGAACCUUUCACUAAUGUAAGCAAACAAUGUAACAUAAAGCAUAGCAAACCAAAUCAAACCGAUAGAGUAUUGUCUCUAAACUCGCAACAAACCAAAAUAAAAUCAGGUUGAACCGACCACAUUUCAACAUUUUUGUCUACUAAAUCCAUCAUCACUCAUAUAUAUAUAUAUAACACACACAGUUACACAUAUCCACAUUCCUUACUUGUUCAUUAUUCUCUCAGACUCAUCAUUCAUCUCUCUCUUUCUUUCAAUGGAAGAAACUCUAGCCACUCCCGACGCCACGAGACGCUCUCUGUCACCGUCAUGCUCAGCCACCGUGAAAUCACGCGCCGCUGGUUUCGAGCGCAGAACCAAACGGAGAUUGUCAGAGACUAACGCAAGCGUACGUGAAGACCGAGAAGAAGCAGAAGAAGAAGAAGAUGAGGUCAAGGAAAAGAUUGAGGCGUUGCAGAGGAUUAUCCCCGGAGGAGCGGCGCUUGGUGUGGACGCGCUCUUCGAAGAGACAGCUGGUUACAUUCUGUCUCUACAAUGUCAGAUCAAAACCAUUAAAGUCCUUACUUCGUUUCUUCAACGCAUAGAUCAAGAAGACAUGAAGUUCGGAGGUUGAAGAUUAUCACACCAAGACUGCUCUUCUUUCUUCGAUUCCUAAAAACAAAAAAAAACGUUUUUUUUUUUCAAAUCUUUUAUUUCCUUUUUUAUAACAUGGGAUUUUAGCUUUGAUAUAUGAGGAAAGAGACUCAACAUUUUUUUCUUCGAAUUUUUUUUUUCUUUAGUAGGAGUAUAAUCUUUAAUUUUAAUGUUCUGAUUUAUUUAUUAAGCCGUUUCACGGUUAUGAGAAGUGUUCAUUAACGAAAAUUAGCAUUAAUUAAUGUAGUUAUAUAACUUAUUUUAGUAGGACGCCAUAUAGUAUAGAUAUUAAAUUGGAUCACGAGGUUUCACUUGCAUAUGAGAUUUGACAUUAAUGAUAUUGAGAAAGUUAAUGUUACGUGGCCCAUUUUUAAAUCUGGAUGAGCUCAUUUCAC